AUGAAUGAUAAUACUCCUAGAUCACCAUAUUCGAACAGUAAUGGUGAAUUGUAUGAUCCAUCUGUAUUUACUGAGAACGUUGAUACCGUUGCAACUCGUUCAAAGAAUUUACCAUUUUACGAGAUAUAUGAACCAAAGCCAACUCCAGCAGAUAAGCCAUAUAGAGUUAAUGGAGCUGAAGAAUACAAAAAGCUUUAUGAGGAUAGCAUUAAAGAUCCCGAAGGUUUUUGGAGUGAAAUGGCUAGAAAAGAACUUAGAUGGCUUAGAGACUUUACUAAAGCCAGAAGUUCUGGUACUUGUCUUCAAGAUCGCCUUGCGUGGUUUUUGAAUGGAAAGUUAAAUGUUUGUGAUAAUUGUGUGGAUAGAUGGGCUGAGAUACAACCAGAUACUAUUGCACUUAUUUGGGAAGGGGAUGAUCCAGCAUCUAUUAGGCAUAUUAGUUAUAUUGAGUUGUUUAGAAACGUCUGUAAGAUGGCCAAUGUCCUGAAGCGAUUUGGUAUUAAAAAAGGUGAUUCUAUUGGAAUCUAUAUGCCAAUGAUACCUGAAACUAUAUACACUAUGUUGGCUUGCGCUAGAAUAGGAGCUGUUCAUAUGGUAGUUUUUGCUGGAUUUGCUGCUCAGAAUCUUCUUGAGAGACUUGUGAAUGCAAAAUGUAAAAUAGUAGUCACAGCAGACCAAGGAUCUAGAGGUAAGAAAAUUAUUCAUUUGAAGAAUAUUGUAGAUGAAGCUCUUCAAAAGGUUCCUGAGAUUAAAACAUGUAUUGUUUUCAAACAUUUGAAUGGACCUAUAAAUUUUGUACAAGGAAGAGACUUUGAUGGAGAAACAUUAAUGAAAGCUGAAAAGCCUUAUUGUCCCUUAGAAGAUAUGGAUAGUGAAGACCCACUAUUUUAUUUAUAUACUUCUGGAAGUACUGGCACUCCAAAAGGUGUUCAACAUUCUACAGCUGGAUAUCUGCUUUAUGCUGCAGUUACUCAAAAGUACUUGUUCAAUAUUCAUCCCGGAGAUGUAUUUGGAUGUGCUGGAGAUAUUGGAUGGAUUACUGGACAUUCUUACCUGGUUUAUGCUCCUCUUUGUAAUGGAAUUACAACCUUAAUUUUUGAAGGAGUCCCUACUUUUCCUGAUGCUGGAAGGUAUUGGGAAAUGGUGGAGAGACACAAGGUUACUCACUUUUAUGCUGCUCCUACUGCAAUCAGGACUCUUAAACGUCUUGGAGAUGAAUUUGUCACUAAGUACGAUAGAUCAUCGUUACGAGUUCUAGGAUCUGUUGGAGAACCUAUUAAUCCCUCUGCAUGGAGAUGGUACUAUAAGGUUGUUGGCGAGGAAAGAUGUUCUGUAGUUGAUACUUAUUGGCAAACUGAAACUGGAGGAAUUGUGAUUGCUCCUAUCCCUGGUUGCUUUAGUACUAAACCUGGAUCAGCAACAUUUCCUUUCUUUGGAAUUGAACCUGUGGUACUUAAUCCUGAGACAGGAAAAGAGAUUGAAGGAACUGGUUCUGGUGUACUUUGCAUUAAAAACUCAUGGCCAGGAAUGUUUAGAGGAAUUUUUGGUGCUCACUAUCUUCAUGAAGAUCUUUACACAAAUCCUUUCCCUGGAUACUACUUUACUGGAGAUGGUGUUUUAAGAGACCAAGAUGGAUAUCUAUGGAUUACUGGUAGAAUUGAUGAUAUAAUUAACGUUUCUGGACACAGACUAAGCUCUAAGGAGAUUGAAGAUGCUAUUACCGCCCACAAUGGUAUUGCAGAAGCUGCUGCUGUAGCAAUUGACCAUGAUGUUAAAGGCAGUGCUCUUGUUUGUUUUGUUGUUCUUAAAGAUUCUGGCAGUAAAUCCUUUGAAUUUAACAAUUCCAGCCCUCAUCCUCUUGAAGCUGAACUUAGAAUGUGUGUAAGAACCCAAAUUGGUCCUGUUGCAACUCCUGAUCACAUUAUUAUUGUUGAGAAUAUCCCAAAGACAAGAUCUGGAAAAGUUGUUAGACGCCUCCUUAGAAAGAUUGCUACAGGAUGUGAUGAAUACGGAGAUAUUUCAACAGUUGCAAACCCUGAAUGUAUUCAAUCCAUUGAAUCAUCCUGGUCACAAUACCUCAAAAGGUAA